AUGGAUCAGCAAGAACUUUCAGAGCUGCUUUUACAAUCAAUCCGACAAGCAAGUCCUGAAAUAAAUCAAAAGCUCCAAAAAUUUACUUUAGACCGUAAUGCGCCAUUUUUUUUACUCAAUAUUAUGCAAGAGAACCCCGGUUCUGUUCUUCAAAAGGCUGCUCUAACAUAUUUAUACAGAUUCCUUAAAGAAAAGAUUGUACAUCUCGAUGAACAAUAUCAAUUACAUAUUCAAAACCUAUUACUCACAAAAUUGAACGCAAAUUUCAAUCAAGAUACAUACCAGCUUAUUGCGGACAACCUCACUUAUCUUUAUGAGCACGAUAUAAAUCAAUAUCCAGGUUUAUUAGAUUUCGUCAGCGAAUGCAUUAAAAAUCCAGAACGCUAUUACUUUGGCAUUUUCUUACUUUCAACACUUAUCGAAAAAUUGAAGAACGAAACAUGCGAAAAAUUUUGGGAAACUUUCAAUAACAUUUCAUUAGAAGCAAUGAACAAAGAUGACGCAUUAACAAUAUACCACGGCUUCCAUAUUUUUGUAAAAUUAGUCUCAAAGAUAGUAGCUACUACAGAUAUUCUUGAAGCAUCAGAAAACCACAUUUCUCGAAUCAACGAGCUACCAGAACUCAUUGGUAUCUCUAGAGAAUCAUAUUCCGUCUCAUUUUGGAACGAUAUCGGUGUUCUUAACCAAGAAAUUUCCGAAGAUUUUCCAAAAUUUGCGAUUUCCAUGAUAGACAAAGCAAUUUCCGUUGCCGAAAAUGGUGAAUACACAACACAGCUACGUGUUGCCUGUCUAGAAAUCUUUUAUACCGCUGAAGAAAUCCCAAUUGACCUUGUCAAGCGAACAAUUGCAGCCUGUUUUGCUGUUUGUGCAGUUUUAAUGAAUGAAGAUGACUCCAUACAAGAAGAUAGGAUCUCAGUCAUCGAAUCAUCCAUGUUCCACUAUCCUGGAGAAGAAAUUUGUAAUUUCAUCAGUGAAUUAAUCAACCAAUACAUAGAUUCAGAUGAUGUCACAUGCCAAGCAACAGCAUUACUUGUGUUUCGUGCUUUCUUCACAAAUGCUGCCAAUUUCGCGUUCAAAAACAUUGGAUAUAUUAUUGAAACUCUUGAAACAGCCGUUACAAUGGAAGACAAGCCAAAACUUCAAGAAGCGGCAUGUAUGGUACUCUCCCAUUUCGACGAAGGCUUCAAAUCAUUGAAUUGUCACUCAGCAAAUUUCAUUCCACCAUUAAUUACUAUUUUGGCCAAUGAAAACUCUGAAUUAACAAUUCACGCAUACCAAGCAUUGGAAGCUAUACUUUCCAAGCUCGAUACACCUGUGGAUAACUUAUUCCAAACAAUUUAUGAAUUGAUAGAAAAAGUGACAGCCGAUAACAUCUCAAAUUUCAUAAAAAUUUUAGCACUUUCUAUUCCAAACACCAGUGAAUUUGAUGACGAAUCUGCCGACAUAGUUAUUGAGCUUAUCAAUGACGUUGUUACCCAACAUUCAAUUGAUGCCAAAGUUUCUUGUUUUGAUUUAGCUAUUCAAUUAAUCAAAGUUGAUGAAGCACAGGUAAUAACAUUGAAUGAAAUGUUAAUACCUGUUGUCGGAGAAGUCAUUCAACAGGUUUUACAACAGGAUAAUCCUGAUCAGGAAAUGUCACUUUUUGAUGAAGCCAUUUCAGCUGUUGAUUAUCUUAGUGGCUUAAUUACAUGUUUAAAGAGAGAAGCCUUAGGAUAUGUACUUGAAUUCAUUGGUCCCAUGUUACAGUUUGUUUCUAAGUUGAGUCUUUCUCGAGAAAGAAUGAGUUUAAUCAAAUCUUCAUUGAGAUGCUUGAGUAGAGUUACAAAAAUAUGGGGCCAAAUCCACGAAGAACUAGAAAUCGAUGACCAAAAAAGAGAAUUAUUAGAUCAAGUGUUCCCUGCUGUUUGUGAUGGAAUAAAGAACUUGAUACAACAAAGUAAACCAAGUCUCCAAAAAACAGCUAUUGAAUGCGCCCUCAAAAUCAGACAUCUUUUGGAUGAUGAAACGAGAUUUGAUUUUUACAAGAAUAUAAUUCAAAUCAUCAAUGAAGAAAGCCAAAGAUUUUUAUUCAUUACUGAUUGUUUCUUCGCAGCAAGUAAGUUUAUAAGAAUGAGUAAUGAAAUGGCUCCAAAUUAUAUUCAACUAGCUGAUGAAGUUUUUGAAAGUGUUUCUUCUGGAAAUAUUCCUUUCUUAGAAGGUAAAAAAUUGAAGGAAUCAGGUGCUGCUUCAUUUGUUUUCCCUGCUUUUUGUACUUUUUGUUCUGCUCUUCUAGAGUUGUCUUCGCCAUCAAGCGAUCAAAUUGUUGAGUACUUAUUGGAAUGGUAUAAUCUUGAUGAUGAACUCGCUCAUUUCGAAGUUUCUAGAGCAUUUAUCGCUCUUUUGGAUGGAAAUGCUGUUUCAGAAGAGAAAACAAAUGAAGUUUUAAGAAGUGUUUUAGAUGAUAUAGAGAAAGCUUCUGAACCUUCUCUUCAACAAAACAUUGUUUAUUUCCUGAAUUUGUUGGUGCAAAGACAUGAAAAUUUAAUCGAAAUUAUCAAAGGUUAUUUAGGACAGAUAAAUGAUUGGUACAAUAAUGCAAAGGGUGAAAAGGUUGGAUACCAAGAUUUACUUGCAAAUAUUGCUUCUUUAUAUCUUUCUUUGGCUGUCAAAGUUGAUCUGGAUAAUUCAUAUUGUUCGGCUGCUUUGGAACAAUUUCCGCCUUAUGAUUAUUCUGAAGCAAAAACAAUGUCAAUGAAUAUUAUUACUUUGUAUAAUAAUGGAAAAUUAGUUGGCGAUUUGGCUAAUGAAACUGCUUAUGCAAUUGCAAGAUUAAUUACUUGGGAUGAUGAAAAGGUCGCAAAGGCCGAUCUCGACCAGGAAAUAAUAGAAGAGUUGAUUGCUAUUUUUAGAAAUAUUGUUAGCCAAAAUCAACAGAUUUUGAAUGAGUUAGAAAGAUUAUACAAAAAAAUGAAACCAAAAAUGAGGAAAUUGAAUAGUGUUUUGAACUAA